AUGCACUUCUCCGCUGGAAUCAAAGCAGCCCUGCUGCUCGCAGCCUCCAUCCCCGCGCAAGCCUGGAACAGACUAGACAAGGACAACGCCGCCCUCCUCGUCAUCGACCACCAAGUCGGCCUCGCCCAAGUCGUGCGCGACUUCAACACAAACGACUUCCGCAACAACAUCCUCGGCCACGCCGCUCUCGGCAACGUCUUCAACCUCCCAACCGUGCUAACCACCUCCUCCGACGCCGGCCCCAACGGCCUAAUGCUCAAGGAGAUAAUGGACAUGCACCCCAACGCAACUCUCGUCCGUCGCCAGGGCGAAGUCAACGCCUGGGACAACGCGGAUUUCCGCGCUGCCGUCAAAGCAACCGGCAAGAAGCAGCUGAUCAUCGCCGGCAUCGUUACGGAAGUUUGCACCUCUUUCCUCGCUCUGUCGCUUGUUGAUGCGGGAUACGAGGUCUUCGCCAAUACCGAUGCUAGCGGGACUUUCGAUAUCCGUCUUGCGGAGGAUGCGAAUCGGCGCAUGGAGAAGGCUGGUGUUACGCUUAUGGGUCUGUUUGGGAUUGUCUGUGAUCUUAUGCGUGAUUGGCGUAAGACUCCUGGUCUGACUGAGGUUUUGCCCUUCCUUGAUAAGUAUCAGUUUGCUUACGGUCUUGUGGCGCGUCACCAUGCCGGGGCUCUUCAGAAUGGUACGCUUUUCCCUGUUGAGAAGGGCUUGAUCUAA